UGGAAGGAAGUCGGAGGCUUGUGACAGAAGCUUGGCUGAAUCUUGCGGAGGAAGAUUCUUCCAUCGCAACCUUGUAGCCGCUAUAUAAUCGACGCUGGGCAACCCAAACGUAUUGAUCCACUCAGUUGAUCCUAUCUGUUGUGAACCACAAACACUAUGGCAGAUGACAACCUCACCACCGCCGCGAUCUUCCAGUGGGUAAGCAGGAGUAGAGCCAGGCUACUGAUCGACGACGAUGACGACACCGCCGUCGUCGGUCACAUGAUCCACGAAGAAGAAGCAAGGCGCCGGGAAGGCGGGAGGCGUGGUUCCGUUCCCGGUCACAUCGUGAUCGACCGAGAACAUGGUUCUGGGCAUGCAAGGAUCAUGGCGGACUACUUUGUAGAGAACCCGGUGUACACUGAUGCUCAAUUCCGCCGCCGGUACCGAAUGAGGCGUGCCUUGUUCCUUCGCAUCAUGGAAAGCGUGACGGCGAGGGACCCUUGGUUCUCUUGCCGGCCUGAUGCGACGGGGAAAAUGGGUCUAUCCCCGUUCCAGAAGUGCAUCGCGCCAUUAAGCAUCCUGGCGUACGGUGUUCCGGCCGAUGUGGUUGACGAGUACGUGCGCAUCGCAGAGUCCACCUCGUUGGAGGCUCUGAACCGGUUUUGUGCAGCGGUGAUUGAGCUCUUUGAGGAGCAGUACCUCCGCCCACCUACUGCGAUGGAUGUCGCGGCUCUCCUUGCAUUCAACAGCACUCGUGGGUUUCCGGGUAUGUUGGGGAGCAUAGAUUGCAUGCAUUGGGAGUGGAAGAACUGUCCAACCGCUUGGAAGGGCAUGUUCACUGGCCGUGGGAAGCAAACCUCCAUGGUGCUAGAGGCAGUGGCUUCCCAUGACCUAUGGAUAUGGCAUGCAUAUUUCGGGAUGCCCGGUAGUAACAAUGAUAUCAAUGUGCUGCAUAGGUCACCUCUAUUUCGUAGGCAGAUUAGGGAUGAGGCACCCCCCGUGCACUUCACCGUAAAUGGCAACGCCUACAAUAUGGGGUACUACCUAGCGGAUGGGAUUUACCUUGAUUGGCCAGCUUUUCUUAAAACUGUUCGUCACCCCAUGACGAACAAAGAUUGUCGGUUCGCCCAGGUUCAGGAGGGGGCACGCAAGGACAUCGAGCGUGCUUUCGGAGUUUUGCAGGCUCGGUGGGCGAUCAUUCGUGGACCUGCUUACGGCUGGGACCGGUACAGGCUCAAGAACAUCAUGACGGCGUGCAUCAUCUUGCACAAUAUGAUAAUUGAUGACGAGCGCGGUGAGAACCUACCAUACGUGUACGACAUCAAUGGUCCUUGUUUGGGUCUUCUUAGCUGUAUGAUGUCUUCUAGUUCCUUCGGAUUUACAUAUGAAGUACCUUAG